ACCCGUAGGCCGACGUGCGGGUUUCUCCGCCUCCUAAAGUCUUGGAGGCCUUAAGGGCUUUUGCAAGAGCUGUGAGGGCGUUACAACUAAUAAAAAUGCUACUCUUUGUGUGAGAACAAUUCCACAAGCAUGACAGAGGUACCAGGGAGUGAAAACAGAAAACGAAAACAGGUUGAAGAAGCUGAUAGUGCAACUGCCAAACAUUCAAAGGCUGAUUCCCCUGCCAUUGCAAAUGAUAAAAUCUCAGAUAGUAGUCACUAUGAGGACAGUCAAUCAAGAGAUGGGAAUGCUAUUGAUGACAAACCGAUAAAGUUGGAUGGUGAAACUGAAUUGGUUGUUGCAACCGGUACUGGGUUUGCAGAGGAUGGAAAGAACUUGGUUAGUGAAGCUAAUAGAGCAGUUUUCACAGCUGCUGAGAUAAAGCCUGUUGGUACUGAGAAUGAUAAUAAAAGACAUAAGGAACCUUGUAACACAGCUGAACAAAGUGGAGUGGCUGUUGCUCCUGAGAAUAAAAGAGGAGAAAAGAGAACACGUGAAUCUGAUUCUGAAAAGAAAACACAUACAGAAGCUGUAGCAGCACACUACAAUAAGCUUGAAGAAGUUGGAUUGCAGCAGCGUAGCACAAGUCGCAUUUUCUAUCUCCGAAAUUUUAACAACUGGAUAAAGAGUGUGCUCAUUGGUGAAUUUCUUGACAAGGUACGACAGAGAAAGCAAAAUAUUACAGUUCUUGACCUGGGAUGUGGCAAAGGUGGGGACUUACUGAAAUGGAAAAAAGGCAGAAUCAGUAAGCUUGUGUGUACAGAUAUUGCUGAUAUUUCUGUGCGACAGUGUGAGCAACGAUACCAAGAUAUGAAAAAUCGGGGUCGUCAGUAUGAGAGAAUUUUUAGUGCAGAAUUUAUAACAGCUGACAGCACCAAGGAGCGCCUGUCUAAUAAGUACAGUGAUCGAAACACAUGCUUUGACAUCUGCAGCUGUCAAUUUGUGUACCAUUAUUCAUUUGAGACAUAUGAGCAAGCUGAUAUGAUGCUCAAAAAUGCUUGUGAACGACUUUGUCCUGGAGGAUAUUUCAUUGGAACAACUCCGGAUAGCUAUGAGCUUGUAAAACGUCUAGAAGCUUCACAAACAGACUCAUUUGGGAAUGAAAUCUACACAGUAACAUUUCAGAAGAAGGGAGAGUAUAGCUUGUUUGGCUGCAAAUAUGAUUUUAACUUGGAAGGAGUGGUUAAUGUUCCAGAGUUCCUGGUCUAUUUUCCUUUGCUUGUUGAAAUGGCAAAGAAAUAUGGCAUGAAGCUAAUGUACAAAAAGACUUUUUGGGAAUUUUAUGAAGAAAAGGUUAAGAAUGAGGAGCACAAAAUACUUCUGCAACAAAUGCAAGGUUUGGAGAAAUACCCUCCUGAUGAAAAAUCUAGUUUGGCCUCAAAUAAAAGAGAAGACUAUGAGCAUGCAGAAAUGCUUAAGAGUGAUGGGAAAGCCAAACUACCUCUUGGAACCCUGAGUAAAUCUGAAUGGGAAGCAACAAGUAUAUAUUUGAUUUUUGCAUUCGAAAAACAGCAGUAAUAGAAAGACCAUGAAGAAAACCAGCUGAAGUGAUCCAACAUCCAAAGUGACUGCUAUUUUAUAUUUUUAUGUUCAAGAGUGUGCAGGACACAAUCAAUCUAGGCAAGCUUACAUAUGAGUUAUAGUUGCCUGUCUGUGACAGAUGGAAUACUUGUGCAUAUGUGUGUGCAUAUAUACACAUGAUAUAGGAGUCUGAAUUCUUCUUUUUGGUUGGGAGGGUUUGGUUUCUGUUUUUAACAAAGAGCAAGUUUUCUGAAGUACUCAGGGGGUUUUCAAACACACAUUUGCCACUGAUUGCUUUAAAACUACUUCAUGGCAGCUAACACCGUCUUACAUAAUAUAGCUUCCAUCCAGGUAGUAGUGUAACUAUUGCCAUGGGGUUGAGGAUCCUGCUUAUUGCAUUUCCAGAGGCUACAGAUAACUAGCUACAAAUAUGGUUAGAGUUUACUGAAGAUAAAUGUUGAAGUGGCCACUGUGCAGCAAGUGUUCAUUUGAAGUCUCCCAUCAUGAAAUAUUCUGAACUGUAUAAAGCUGUAAAAUAAAUUUGCCAGUGUUGAUACAAAUGAGACAGGAUUCAAUACUCAUUGCAAUCCAUAAUAAAAUUGUUGCUUGCCUCUUGGAGCUAUGUGAACAGCUGUGUCGUUUCAGAAGAAACCAUGGUCAAACCAUUUUUCAUUAAUGAAAAUGCUCUUGCAUAUGUGUC